AUGUUCAGACUAAUAUACUUGGUAAUGAUCGUUUAAAGGAGAUUCUUAUUAAUUCCGAAGACAAGGUUUUGCAAAACCUUCGUAAAUAUGCACAAGAUAGUUCUGAAUGUCUUUUAAAUAAAAUUACUGAAAUUUUAGAUAGUCUUCAGCUUAAAUGUAUAACUACUAGUGGUAUGAUUGAUAAUGGGUCAAACAUUAAAGAAAAAUUAGAGCAAAAAUAUAGCAUUUUUAAAGUUCAUUGUUUUGGCUAUACUUUGCAACUCGCAAUUAAUGAUGCGUUAAAAGUUUGCGACAUUUCUACAAGAUGGAAUUCGACAUUUUAUCUUUUAAAACGAUUACAAUUCUUAA